AUGUCGGAACUACGUCAGCGACCGACAGCGAAAGCUGAUAAACCAAGUACACCACAGCCCCGAAAGCAGUCCAGAGACGAAGCAGACUAUGGCAUCAGCCUGUUGGACAUAAUCCGCGUGGUGGUGGUUCUAGCCAUUGGAUCCCUGGGCCUAUCGUAUUAUAUGACGGACUCCGAAUCCGUGCUCUGGGGUUACAGACCAUGGUAUACACGCUGGCCAGUGGUGAAGCAGUGGGUGCAAGGUCCAGUGACCCUCACUCCUAGCCAGCUCGCCCUCUAUAAUGGCACCGACGCGACUCUGCCCCUCUACGUGGUUGUCAACGGGACCAUAUUCGAUGUCUCGGCGAACAGACUGAUCUACGGACCCGGUGGGAACUACAACUUCUUCGCGGGACGGGACGCAACGCGCGCCUUUGUGACGGGCUGCUUCAAGGAGGAUCUUACGCCGGACAUGCGCGGCGUGGAGACUAUGUUUUUGCCGGUUGAGGAUGUCGAGGAGACCUUGACGUCUGGACAAAUCAAGAUCCGACGCGAUAAGGAAUUGCGAGAGGCGAAGGCCAAGGUCGAGGGCGCAGUGAAGCGGUGGGUGGCGUUCUUCCGGAAUCACAAGACAUACUUCGAAGCGGGGAAGGUGGUUGGUGGUGAGGUCACGGGGGAGCCGUGGCCACUUUGUGAGAGCGCGCAGAAACAGCGACCGAAGAGGAGUGCGAUGGAGUCGUAG